GCGGCGCGAGGAGCCUGGGCGUGUGACGUAGGAAGCAGCUGCCUUACCCCGAGUAGUCACACCGCAGGCCCUUACUAGCUCAGUAUUGUCUACACUGACCGGCAGCGGCCCUCCAGGGUCUUCAGCACAGGGGGCAUUUCCUCCUUUUGAGAUGCCGGGGGGUAGGGGGGGUUGCACCAAUGGACCUUGUGCCCGCGAGGCAGAUACUUCGGCACUUCCUCGUCUUUUACAGUAUGCUGUACUAAAGUUACAGGUGGAGGAAACUCACCUGGUUGAAGGAUCCACCAUACAAAAGCGACAACAGAAGCUCCCGCACGAGUUUCUAGAAAUUGAUUAUGUACACCAGAAGUGGAGUAUAACAUUGGUAUAUAGGAAACACUAGUGACUCAAGAUCAUGGCAACUAUUGAGGAAUUGGCCCAUCAAAUUAUUGAACAGCAGAUAGGGGAGAUAGCACAUUCCCAAGGAUCUGUCACACAAACACUAAUGGAUGGGACGGCACAAAGAAUUCAGAUUGUUCCUGCUGAUACAGGUCUCUCCUUACCCCAGCGCAUACAGAUUGUCACAGAUCAGCAGACGGGGCAGAAGAUUCAGAUUGUUACAGCACUUGAUCAGACUACAACAGGCAAGCAGUUCAUAUUAACAAAUCAUGAUGGUUCUACCCCAAGCAAAGUGAUCCUUGCAAGACAAGAUGCCACUCCAGGAAAGGUUUUCCUAACAACUCCAGAUGCUGCAGGAGUCAACCAACUGUUUUUUGCAUCCCCAGAUAUAUCUGCACAACAUUUUCAGAUUUUAACAGACAAUUCUUCCAUAGAACAGACCCUAAAUAAAGUAUUUGAUCUCUGUGUUGUUUGUGGAGACAAGGCAUCAGGACGCCAUUAUGGAGCAGUGACAUGUGAAGGAUGCAAAGGGUUCUUUAAAAGAAGCAUACGAAAGAAUUUAGUGUAUUCAUGCCGUGGGACAAGAGACUGUGUGAUUAACAAACAUCACAGAAACAGAUGUCAGUACUGUAGACUUCAGAGGUGUAUUGCAUUUGGAAUGAAACAAGAUUCUCCACACCCUUUUGUAGCUGUUCAGUGUGAGAGGAAACCUGUUGAAGUAUCACGGGAAAAGUCUUCAAAUUGUGCAGCUUCUACAGAAAAGAUCUAUAUCAGAAAAGAUUUGCGGAGCCCACUUACAGCCACUCCAACUUUUGUAACAGACAGUGAAACAGCAAGAUCAACAGGAAUGUUGGAGUCCGGAAUGUUUGUGAACAUUCAUCAGUCUGGUAUAAAAAAUGAGCCUGCAGUGUUGAUGACUCAGGAUAAGGUUGAAACAUGUCAAGGAGAUUUAAGUACUUUAGCAAAUGUGGUCACAUCAUUAGCAAGUCUAAGCAAGUCCAAAGACAUGCCCCAAAGUAGUCCCGAGCUGUCCAUGAUAGAAAGCUUAAGCAAUGGAGACGCAUCACUGUCUGAACUUCAGCAAGAUGAACAUUCAAAUACCGAUGUUACAAGGGCAUUUGAUACUCUUGCAAAAGCACUAAAUCCAGGAGAGAGCGCAUCAUGUCAGAGUUCUGCAGAAAGUAUGGAAGCCAGCGCACGUUUGGUUGGUGAAGAAGCCAGCAUGAAUAUUGUUGAAAUAGAAGGCCCACUUCUGAGUGACGCUCAUGUAGCUUUCAGGCUUACCAUGCCUUCCCCUAUGCCUGAGUACCUGAAUGUUCAUUAUAUUUGUGAAUCGGCUUCCAGAUUGCUCUUCCUAUCUAUGCACUGGGCACGUUCUAUUCCUUCCUUCCAAGCUCUGGGGCAGGAUAACAGCAUAUCAUUAGUGAAAGCCUGCUGGAAUGAACUUUUUACACUUGGUCUUGCACAAUGUUCACAAGUAAUGAACGUAGCAACUAUAUUAACGGCAUUUGUUAAUCACCUUCAUAAUAGUUUACAACAAGAUAAACUGUCAGCAGAUAGAGGAAAGCUAGUGAUGGAGCAUAUCUUCAAACUGCAGGAGUUCUGUAACAGUAUGGUGAAGCUUUGCCUUGAUGGUUAUGAAUACGCUUAUUUGAAAGCAAUCGUCCUCUUCAGCCCCGAUCACCCUGGCUUAGAAAACAUUGUACAGAUCGAAAAAUUUCAAGAAAAAGCAUAUAUGGAAUUUCAGGAUUAUGUAACAAAAGUAUAUCCAGAUGAUACUUACAGGCUGUCUAGGCUGCUUCUCAGAUUGCCUGCUCUGAGACUGAUGAGUGCUGCUAUAACAGAAGAACUGUUUUUCGCAGGACUAAUUGGAAAUGUUCAGAUUGACAGCAUCAUACCAUAUAUUCUAAGAAUGGAGACUGCAGACUACAAUUCUCAAAUAAUUGGUCAUGCUGUAUAAAAGUUAAAACCACGGAUUCUAUACCAUGGCAAUCAUGGUAAUUGUAAAUGUACACUAUCUCCAAGAGAUAACAAGUUUUUCUGUGCAAUUUUAACAAGAAAAAUACAAGAAGGUGCAGCUUCCUCAUUACCAACACAUUCUGGAAACGCAGUAGACUAUCUUGACUGGUGCAGGAUGAUUUACCUUUUAUCUGGUUUUCAAGAACUUUGUAUAUUGCUUUAGAAUCUAAUGAAAAUCAAGAAGAGUAGUUCAUCCUAUUUUUGUAGUUUAGCUAUACCUGGAACAUGACUAUAACAAAUUCUAAAAAAUGUAGAAAAACAAGCCUUUGAUAAUGGAGAAACUUCAUCAAGGCAUUUCCAUGUGAUACUUUAGAAACAAAAAAUAAACAUUCUUCCCAAUGCUGUAUUUUCAGUAUCUUGUUUCUACAAAUCCAUUCUUGUCCGUUUGAUGUAAGUCUGAAAUCCUGAACAAGGCAACUUAUUUCUGAUGUGACUGAGGGUUGCAUCCCAUGUUAGUCAUACUCAGAGUAGAUCCGCUGAAAUGAAUGGACAUGACUAACUUCAAUUUAUUAAUUUCAGAGGGUCUAUUUUGAGUAGCCUAGGUGGACUGUAAACCCUGGACUACAAAGCUUUGGAUAUAUUUCCAGUAGCUUUGGAUGGAACUUAAACAUUUUUAUUAGCCAACUAGCAUUUAUUUAAAUUGAAGAUUAAUUACAGAAAAUCUGGAAAACUGGCUUGAAAGCCUAUUAGUGCCCCAAAGCAAUGAUUAUAUUUAGAUUAACUUGAGUCACAAAUAGUUAUGUUCAGAGUUAUAUCCGCUGCUAAUAUGAUUUAGAAGUAAAAAAAAAUUCUAGAUACCUUAAAUGUAUCAGAUAAAUAUUGUGUGUUAUUUCCUGAGUCCUGUUAUUUUAUUUACAUAUUCAAAUCAGUUCACCAGUGCCAACUAGGUCUUUUUAGUAAUAUUUGUGCCCGUACAUCUAGUUAGGAAAUUGAUUGAUUAUAAGCGUUAAGGUGCACAUGAGCAUAUGAGCCAUCUCACACAAACUUACCAGUCAUAUUGGAAUUGGAUUUCCUUUAGCAAUCCUGUCUUUUCCUGAAGUUUGAAACAAGUUUCAAGUUCUCAUAAUAAAAUUCAAAUAAGACUAGAAAGAGUUCCUUAAAUGUUCAUAAGGAGAUAAAUAAACCUUGAUGGAAAGUAUCUGUUACUGAAUAGUACUCUGUUUUUCCUACACUGUAGUGAUCACAGAAUCCUCAAUUGCAGAUUUUGUGUUUUCAUAUUGUGUUUGCUACUGAGUAUCUUCAGCCUUUGAAAACUUUUCCAGAUGCACUUUGUGAUUCAUUGAAGGCUACUUCUUUUUUAAUUACGGUAUAGAAUAGUUAAUCUAGCAUAAACACAAAAUAUUCCUUUACUGUGUCAAGGAUUGUCCGUAUAAUUUUUUUUUUGGUAAAUCUUGUUUUCACCUUUAUUUCAUGUAUUAAGUAUUGAUCAUACUGAAUAAUUAGAGACAGCUGCCUCUUCUUGUCAAACUGUGGUACUUACCAACAAAUGAAAUGGGCCUUCUGUAAUCUGGACAGCGUUAUUUUUAUCAAGGUUUUAAAAAAUGAUUUAAUAAAAAGAGGUACCUUUUUAUAUACUUCAGAAUGAGUCAACCAACAAUAAUGUAGUGAACAGUUUAAUUUCUCCCCAAAAAGAUAAGCAUGCUUAUGCACUUGGGCACAUGCAGGCUUGUAUCAUACAGUUGUAAUAAAUGAUGUAUUCCUGGGUACAUCUUGUAGUUAAACAAUUUAUUGUUUUAAGUCUGUACAGAUAAACUAUAUUACACAUUUUCUGAAUGCUUUCAAUAAAUUUGUUACAGCUAGUUCUUCUCCACUGUCACUGGAAAUUGUUUCUGCAUUUCAUUCCACUUUUGUAUACAUAAUUUUUUGUGGUUCAGUUUUUGUGUAUGCAUCAGAAUGCCCCAAUUACUAUAUUGUUGCUAUAUAAUAACUACUGUAAAUGUCUUGAAACCUGAAGAAGUGUAAAUUCUAUUUUGGCUGUAUUUUUAAAAAUAAAUUGUAACUUUUAUCAUAGAA